GCAUUCUUGUUGCCGGAGACAAAAGCCUCCCGCCCCGUCGCCAUCCUUCACACCGCCCGCCCCGCCUCCGUUCACACCCGCGACGCCACCGCCACCUUUAUAUCAUUCUCCCCGCCUCCUCCCUUCUCUCCUCGUCUCCCCCCUCCGCCGCUGCGAGUUGUGAUUCACCUGAAAAUUCAUCCACCCACCCACACAGCAAAGCCAGAUGUUCCUCACCGACAAGUACCACGCGCUUCUCCCGUUCCACGUCGCUGGCGGCGGGGAUCACCGCCGGAAGGUGUCCAAGAAGAAGCCGGCGGGUGGGGGUGGUCCCGGGUCAUCCCGCUUCGGCGCCACUCUCGCCGCGCGGCUCGGGAGCUUGUUGCCGCUGCCGGCGUCGCCGCUCGCUGCGCUAGCGCGGCUCGCGGAUCUGCUCGCGCUCACCCUCGCCGACGCGGUUCCUGCGCUGGCCGGUGAGGGGGACACGGCGGCCGUCGCGGCGCAUCUCGACGCGGGGGUCGCGCUGCUCGACGCCUGCAACGCCAUCACCGCGCGCCUUGAUCGGCUCCGGCGCCGUCGCCUGCUCACCCGGUUCGCGCUCCACCUCCUCUCGUCGUCGUCGUCCCCGCCGCCAUCCUCGAUCCGCCGCGCGCGCGCCGCGCUCGCCGACCGUGACGAGCGCGCCCCGGCGUCUCCUCCCCCGCCGCUCCCUUCCCUACCGUUCGACCAACCCCGCGCCCGCAUCUCCUCCGCCGCGAGCGUCCUCUUCGCCGUCGACGCCGUCUCCUCGCUCGCAGCGGCGGCCGCGGCAGCUGUCCUCUGCGGCGACGCCCUCCAGAUCGUUUUUCCCCUGGUCUCCGGCGACUUCCCGUGGACCGAAGCCUUCAACGCCGUCUCCAGCCAGCUCGCCGCCCUCGCCACCAAAGCCGGCGAGGUGGAAGCCGUCGACGAGGCCGUCCGCAAGCUCACAUCCGUCCUCGACAGCGAAGGCGACCUCGACGAGGCGGCGGUGCGCGCCGCCGCGCAGGAGGUGGAGAAGCGGACGGAGGAGCUGACGGCGCCGCUGGACCGGCUGUCCGACGCCGUCAACGGCGUGUUCCGCGCGGCGCUGUGCCUCCGCAACGCGGAGCUCGGGAGCAUGAUGGUGGGACCCGCCGAAAAGACGCCGUGUAAAUAGCCGUUUCUACCGUAUGCCAUCCGUAGCUAUACUCGUAUAUCACUGUAUAAUACAGUCUUACAGGUACAGUGCAACAUGGGGUGGUGUCUCAGCCAAAGGUAGGAUUCUGAUCACGCUUCUACCAGUUGUUAUUGCUGUGUGUGUGCCAAGGAGGCCACGUAUAGUCACGCUGUGCAAUUCGCACCCUUUUGCAGACGUGGAAUCCAGUAAAAAUGUAGGAAAACUGUGGCAAAUGUUCACCUGCCUAUGUAAUUUUGCGGCUUCGUACUGUAUACCAUGAGGAAAAUUGUGAUGAAAA